AUGGUUAGGACAAAUUCUAGUCAUAUGUCCUACAUGGCCAAAAAUGAAGGAAGAAAUAAUGAAAAAAACGUUUUAGAAGAUAAAAAUUCUGAUUCAUCCGGAAAGGACACUUUGCAAGGCCAUAAAACUGCCCAUGGAAAUAAUAAGUUUCCAUUUUAUCUGAAACUUUCCAUGUUGGGUAUUUUGGUUUUGGUGUUGCAAUGCUUCAAUGAGAUAAUAAGAAAAAACGUAAAUGUUUUAUGA